GCCGCGGUUCCGCUUCCGGUCCCGGCCGGCCGGGAGGGGCCGCGCUUCCGGCCGCGCGCGAGCGAGGACAAGACAGGCGCAGCCGUGGAUGACCAGGCCGUGUCCAGCCCUCCCAGUAAGCCAUGGCGUAUCAGCUGUAUAGGAACACCACGCUGGGAAACAGCCUUCAGGAGAGUCUGGAUGAGCUCAUACAGUCACAGCAAAUCACACCUCAGUUGGCCCUUCAGGUGCUACUUCAGUUUGAUAAAGCUAUAAAUGCAGCACUGGCACAGCGAGUCAGGAACAGAGUCAAUUUCAGGGGGUCUCUGAACACAUACAGAUUCUGUGACAAUGUAUGGACAUUUGUACUGAAUGAUGUGGAAUUUAGGGAGGUCACCGAACUUGUGAAAGUGGAUAAAGUGAAAAUUGUAGCGUGUGAUGGAAAAAACACUGGUUCCAAUACUGCAGAAUGAAUAGACCUGUGGUUUGUCUGCAAUAUUUUCUGUUAAUAUGCAGCACUUUCUGGAGAGAAGUAUGGAAAGGGACUGAUCAUACUCAAUUCUUGUGAUGCAGAUGUGAGUUAAUCCAUACUAGCGAGCAUUGCAGAAUGACGACGGAAGAAAUACCUGUAGCAUUUCUUCAUUUCACCUUAUAGGGCAUGAAUACAAUGUUACCUUAUUUUUAAUUACAAGAGAUACUGUUGUCUUUUUUUGGUUCAAAAUAAUUUCUGUAAUAAACUUUUAUUUAAAAACUUUUAAAA